AUGCAAAAAGGAGAUAAUUAUGUGGAGGAUGGCGGGAUGCACGCGGGCGGCGCGCUGGCGGUAUUGCUGCGGCUUUGCUGCGUCGUCAGAGUCGUACCGCUGCGUUCGACGCGCUCGCUUCAUGACAAGCCUUCCUGUGGCAAACGGUGCUUCGAGACCUCCGCGUCACUCGCCACGCAGCAGGCAGCAGCGAUGACGCUGCUUAAUUUGGCAAUGAUUACUAGUAUAGUCCUGGACUUUCGCCAAGAGCCUGAGAAGCGUCUCCGAGUCGGCUCCGUGUUUCUGAAGACGUUAAUAUGGCUCACUGAAAUAGUGCUAGUUAUGGGGAUUGCCAGCCUCGCCGUGUAUACAGGCCUCGCCCAGAUGAAGUGUUUGAAAAGGGUACUGAAGUGCUGUCAAAAGAUCAAAUCAGACCUGAACGUAACCAAUACAUCUGCAAAAACCGAAAGAAUAAAAAGUGUCAUAAUGGUCCUGCUGCUGAUAUGGGUCGUAUUCGUUAUGAUUAUGGAUUUUAUUUUUUAUAUUCCAAAAUAUUUAGAUGGCACGAUGACUAUAUUGUGCCUGCAGUUGUCAUUCUAUGUAGCACAUUUGCUGUGGUGGCUGGCGGUGUUACGCUGGGCACUUACAGUGGAGGUUGUCCAUGAUGCGGCAACAGCUGUCAACCACCGCUUGCUGUCGUUUCGUCUUGCUGUUCUGAAGCCAGUACCGAUGACCCUGCAGGAGUUCCUGAGCAAGCCUCACUCCAUCAGCACUGUCAUCAACUGCAUUACUGAUCCAGACUUCACAGCGAAGACAACUAAACCGAAAAACCAAAACAUAACUUACCCAGCGCAACUAAAAACCUUGAUUAGGCGUCUCACUCUAUCACAUGAGCGGAUAGGCGACAUCAUGAGACAGAUGAACAAAACCAACGGCUUACAGCUCAUGAUCAUACUCAUGACCGCUUUCAUGAAACUGGUUGUGACGCCAUACUACAUGCUGUUGUAUACACUCGAUGAAAAGACCAGCGUGCUGUUUGAUGUGAUUCUCUCUCUGAACUGGAGCCUGGUCAUCCUGACUAUCCUGGUCCUGACUAUAGAGCCAUGCCACAGAGUGCAUUCACAGAGGGAACGCACUUCAGUCCUUCUGAGUCAUCUGGUAGCUCACGUGGCUCCGAGCAGUCAGCUCUCCCAGGACUUAGACCAGUUCCUCAAGCUGGUUCUGCUGAACGACCCCAGAUUUAAACCACUUGGGACCUACGCUCUGGACCGACCGAUGAUGGCAAUGGUAUCUACUUAUACAUACCUUUACUCAGUUUGCGCAACCCACAUAAAGCACCAGUAA